GAAGUGUUUUGGAUGGCAAAGAUGUAUUUGAUUGACAAAAUCUGUUUAGCCUAAGAAGAGAGUGGUGGAAAUGAUGGGAUUCCAAGGAGAAAAAAAAAGGGCAGGGGGAAGGAGUAUCCUGGGACAAAAAGGAUCUUAGAAAGAUUUCAGAAAUUCACAUUUUUAGAUACUGUCAUUGGGGUAAAAAGUCAUUGCCCUCUGAUAAAAUGAAUGUUUUAGUUAGUAGUAAAAACUUGGGAAUCCCUUAAAAUUUAUGAGUCUCAGUUUUUCUCAACAUUAAAGUGGAAAUAAUAGUUGCAUUAUCUUUCUUGUGAAAAUAUUAUAAAGGGAAUUAAUCUCAUACUAACUAAACUGGUUUUUUUAAGUGGAAAUAUGUAAAUGCUAUCUUUCUUCUGAAAUAUGUGAGUAGGUUUCAUUGACAAUUUACAAGAAAAUAUCUUUCCUUCCAGAAUCAAAGCAUCAGCACUUCAUUAUAUUGCCUUGUAGAACUACCUUCACAUGGCCCAAAACAACCAGACAAUGGUAAAUGAAUUCAUCCUCUUAGGACUAUCUAAUGACUUGAAGACUGAGAUUUACCUCUUUGUCCUCUUCUUAGUCAUGUACUUGGUAACUAUGGUGGGAAACUUCCUUAUCAUCUAUCUGAUCAGGUUAGACAGCCGACUCCACACCCCCAUGUAUUUCUUCCUUAGCAUCCUGUCCUUUGUCGAUAUUUGCUAUAUGAACAGCACUGUCCCACAAAUGCUUAUUCAUUUUCUGUCUUCAAAGAAGUCCAUCCCAUUCUAUAGCUGUGUAUUUCAGCUCUUUAUCUCCCUGGCACUGGGUGGAACUGAGUUCUUUCUACUGGGAGCAAUGGCAUAUGACCGCUAUGUGGCAGUGUGCUUUCCCCUACACUACACCGUCAUCAUGCAUGGAGGGCUGUGCAUGGCUCUGGCUGCUGCCUGUUGGGCUGCUGGUUUCUUAAACUCACUCAUGGAGACAAUCAUUACUUUUCGACUUCCCCUGUGCAAGGAUGUUAUCAAUCACUUUGCUUGUGAGACACUAGCAGUUCUGCAUUUGGCCUGUGUGGACAUUUCCUUCAACAAGAUCAUGGUGACCUUCUCAGGCUCUGUGGUCAUCAUGUUACCCUGCUCCUUGGUCCUGUUCUCCUAUGCCCAGAUUGUUAGAGCCAUUCUGCGCAUCCGUUCUACUCGGGGACGUCGCAAAGCCUUUGGGACCUGCGCCUCCCAUUUCACUGUGGUCUCCCUUUGCUUUGGGGCCACCAUUUUCACCUACAUGCGGCCCCGGGCUGCCUCCUCAGCAGAACAUGAAAAGAUGAUUGCUUUAUUCUAUACUACCGUGGCCCCUAUGUUGAACCCUAUGAUCUACAGUCUGAGGAACAAGGAAGUGAUGAGUGCUCUGAGAAGAGCCCUGGGAAGAUUCUCUGAAGAAACAUGAAAAUUACAAGAUUUUCCCA